AUGAACACUCUGGAGGAUAUCCCCUUUACGACCCCACUGGGUCCGCUGCAGGAGGAAGUGCAGCUUGUGACGGCUCCAGACAUCACUUUACCAGACUGCCAUCGGAUACUACAAGAAACUGAGUAUGGAUUUAACCUGGAGAAAUGGAUCUUAACUGGGCAGCAGCCAGUCUGUCAGUUCCCAUCCUGCCCCCCUUGCUGGAUGAUGUUCAGCAGCCCUCAGGAGAUCCACAGGAACAAUCACAGGAGCAGUGACAUGUGGGCCCAGAGUCCUCGGCCCCGAAGUCACAGCCUGAACUCUGCAGACACUCGGUGGCUGCACCAUCGCACCGUCAAGUUCCUCGUAUUUGAUUCUGAGGAUGAAGAUGGUUACCAUGAUGAUAAUGAAGCGUCCUACACUGAUGAUGCACUUUGCUCCAUCAAGAGCAGAGUGCGGCCCCGGAGCGCUGCAACCAGAGACCCACUCUCCAGGGUCAAAGAUAUGCACCUUGGUCCUCUCACUCACCACUGUAAACCUGUCUCACCUCAGAGCCUCGGAGGCCGCAGAAGCUCUUUACCAUCUCCUCAAGACCACAGACAGCCUCUGCGAGCGCUGGAGCAGCACGGGUCACAGCAGGCCAGCCCCCUCCCCAAGGGGCACAAGAACAGCAAAAAGAAGCAGCGUUCACCUGGCUCUAGGGGCAAAAAUUAUUCCCAGAACACAUCACCGGCUCCCUCUCCAUCCAGGUUACAGAAGCAAAGACCCUCCUCUGCAGGGUCUGUUGUCAAGAACCGCAGACAGAAGGCCCUGAGUACUGGCAGCUCUCGUGGGGUUUUCUUUGACUCAUCAGCAGAGUUGUUGUCAGCACUCAGCCAGGAAGAGAGGGAGCUACUUGAAACCAUCACAGCAAAGGGCUACCCUUUACGCACAGCUAUUCUGGCUCUACAGAAAACAGGCUAUCACAGCCCAGAGAAGAUCCUAAAAUACCUGGUCGCUAAUGACCGUCUGUGUCAGCUGGGUUAUGAUGAAGCACAGGUGGAGGAAGCCUUGGAGAUGUUUCAGAAUUGUGAGAGCAAGGCUGCGGAGUUCCUGCGCCUUCUGACUCAGUUCAAUGAGAUGGGUUUUCAGCAAAGUGCGAUCAAAGAAGUGCUGCUUGUUCAUGAAAAUCACCGGGAGAGGGCUCUUGAAGAACUCAUGACACGCAUGGCUUAA